UGGCAUAGAGACGUGCCGUCUAUGCCAAACUUUAUUUUUUUUAAAGUACGCGUUCCCGCGCGAUUGCUAUCAUCCGCUUAAUUCAAAGUGCCGCUUUUUUUCAGGUCUUUUUAAGUGCGAAUUACUCCUGUUCAAUUUUCUUGAUGUGAUUCAGUGAAAAUCCUGUUCUACAGGGCUUUGAUGUUUUAAAAUUAGUCUGUGUUUUGUGAGCGACGAUGCGUGACAAGGUCGAUUUAGGGACAAUUUAUAGCUGACAUAAUAUAGAUAAUUCUGAUUUUGACAAGUUUUAUAUCAGUGUAGUGUGUGAGUUUUAUUUUUAAAAUGACGGAUGACGAUAAUCGGAGUGAGAAGGAGGCGGCAGCAUUAGCUUCAGGUAUGGCGGCGAAACGCCAUUUUAAAAAGUUACGGGACUGCCAUCGGGAAGCCAUUCGACGACGGAAGUAUGCUACUGGGUCGGCAGCGGCGAACAUGAAACCUUGGAAAUAUGAAGCAGAGAUGGCGUUCUUAUUACCGCAUAUAGAAUUCCAAAAUAUACUGACUGCUCCCGUGUCCGCAGAAGAAGCACAACAUUUCCAUGAACAGUCAACGACGGAGACUUCUGACAAUGUUGAUACAGAAUCACCACCUCUGUCGUUAGAAGUUUCACUCGCAACUACAGACACCGAAAACAGAAAGAGAAGGAAACUUGAUGAAACUGCUACUCAGAUAUCACAAGAAAGAAGAGAGCAGUGGCAACACCAAAGAGACGAAUUUCGUCGUCCACAAGAUGCAUUGGCAACCCUAUUCGAGAGCUUGUAUCAAAAGACCCGAGAACUGCCGAAAUAUUUGCAACUAAGAGUGCAGAGGGAAAUUUUUGAGUCAGUAACUCGUGCUGAGGAGGAAGCUUUGGAUCCAAUCAGUACUUACUUGAGUCCGACAUCUUCAACGUCAAGUUAUGAAUGUGCUGGUGCAAGAAAUCAUCAAGCAAGCCCUGCAACCGGUGGAUCUACUGGAAGUAAACAGCCAACUUUAGAUGUGAAAUCCGAAAAGUUAGAUAGAUGCUACAUUGAGUGAAGUCUAGUGACUUAAAGAAUGAUAGAAUGAAUGUAAAAACACUUGAUUGCACAAACACAGAACAGGAACAAGGAAACUAAAAAUGGGUAAAGGCGGUGUUAUCGCUGUAAGCGAUCUCUUCCAGACAACCUUCGAUAGACAUUGGCGGCCCUAGCAAAAUAUUUGUGUUGCGCUAUUUUUCCUUUCGGGGGUUGGAACGUCAGAUAUGCAGUCGCUUCUGUAAAAAAGUGGACCUGUCAAAUCAUCAGAUUAAAAUGUGAUAACGCUAGGGAGAUGAUGAGGCUUUGUUAUUGAUAGUAUUGAGGUAUAUCUAAUUCACUUAUGUUAAGUAAUAAAAAAUAACAUAAUC